AUGUCUGAUAUCAAGGUGGGAGACCGGGUUGAUUGUGGAGGUAAGUUGAGGUUUUAAACUUGUCUUCUGAUACAACGCUUUCAAUUCGCUAAAUUUUAUUGUUUAGAGAAAGGUCUUGGGACAGUUGAGUUUAACGGGGCUACCAAAUUCUCGGAUGGUGUUUGGGUUGGAAUCAGACUAGAUGAAAAGAAAGGAAAGAACGAUGGAUCUGUUCAAGGAGUGCAGUACUUCAAGUGUGAUCCUCAAUACGGAGUUUUCAUGCGGCCAGAGACCGUAAUUGUGCUUGAAAAUUGUUGUCAUGCUGAUUUAGGUAAAAAAGGCGGCUGGAGGAGGAUCACGUCUGCCAAUGCCUAGACAAACGUCAAAAUUGACAGCCAGUUCUCUUAAAAAACCAUCAGUACCAUCAGCUAGAUCUUCAAGAGUAGUAAGUUCAUGUUUGAUUAUUUGUGACACCCUGUAAUGUCAUUAUUUGUAGCAAACUCCAAAACUGAGUCCAAGCACGUCGGUUGAGAAAUUAGCCGGCCGCCCAUCCAUCUCCCGUAAAUCUUCGGCUGCUUCCUCAAUAGAUGUAAGUGGCUUCAAGAUUGAUAUCUAAAUCCUCCUAGCGUUUCCAACGAUCUACCUCUAAAGUCCGUCUGGUGCAGGUAUUUUAGCUAUUAAUAAUCGGUUUUUUUGGAGAUUAACACCUUUUUUGUUAAAAAAUAUGUUAUAACGCUUCAUUUUUGUUGUUACUCUCUCAUUCUCUCCAAAUUCACUUUUCAGAAUGGUAACCAGCCCGAAUUUAUUCAACCAAAGUCAAUCAAGAAGCCCGAAUCAUUACCGAAGACCCAACCGGUUGAAGAAGUUCGACCUCCACGAGCCCCAAGUGAAACCCCCAGUGUUAAAGAAUUGGCCAAAAAGAUAGAUUCGGUUGACAGUCCAGUUAAUCUGAACUUCAAAACCGAGACUUCCUUUACUAUUGAGCCGGCCAAUCAAACAGAAAGUUUUAAUAUUCAAAUUUUAAAGGAUGAGAUAGCAGACCUGAAUGAUAAGCUUGAGAAUCUUCGGUAAGUCGCACUUUUCUCAAGAAUAAUUGUUUAGGAAUAAACGGAAAGAAGAUCUGGCCAAGUUGACGGAGUUUGACAAUCUGAGGAUCCAAUUCCAAACUCUGGUGGAAUAUAAAAGCUCGGCCACUGAGGAGAUGAGAAACUACAGAAGAAAGAUUGAAGAUACUGAGGCGGUAAGGUAGAUAUAAGAGUGCAUUCUUUUUUAGAAACUGGCCGAUGCUGAAGAGAGGUUGAGAAACAUAGAAGGAUCUGUUCCCUCGGAUUUAGAAAACCAGUUAGAGUUGAUGACGUUGGACAAAGAAUUGGCCGAAGAAAAGGUGGAGAUGUUACAACAAGAAGUUAAUGAGAAAAGUACCCGAAUUGAAGAACUGGAAGUGGAAUUGGAUCUCAUCAAGACGUCAAUGGAGAAUGAGACUACUGUUGAUGGAGAUAUGGCGGUAAGUAUUCGAUAAUGGUUUUGAUCUCCUUUUAGGGAAACAGCGUUCAAGUCAGAAGUCUAAAUCAACAAUUGGAGAAGUGUCAAGCAGUUAUUGUGAGAAUGAGAGAUAUAGUUAAUACUACCAAUAUGGAGAAGCAAAUGAUUCAACAGAGGCUGGAAGAAUGUCAAAAAGAAUACGAAAUGUUGCAAUUGGAUUUUGAGAAGAAAUCAACCGAAGUUUCUGGGGUCAGAGCCAUCAUGUCCGAUCUCCAAGAUCAAGUGGAGUCGGCCUUGGGAAGCACAAAAAUGGUGGAGCAUCUGACCGCGAACAAUCUUGAGCUGGAAGACCAAGUCAGGUAGAUUAUAUUAUUCUUGAUCAUCCCGUUUUAGGAACUUGAUUGUGGAGAAGGAACAUUACUACGAAAUGUAUCUCUUAUCAGAUGAUAUUGCUAAUGCCACAAAAGAAGAAAUGGUACAAGCAAGGCAGGAAUGUAACAGUUUUAUGGUUACUAUCAACGAGAAGGAUCGACAGAUCCGAGAAUUGGAAGGGAGGAUUAAUGAAUACGAGAACUUUAUUCAGAAGUUCAGACAAAAAAUAUCCGAUUUGAAUGAUGAUAUUGUUGGAUACAAAGAUCAGGUGGGGAUGAGUGAAAAAAUUUAAUUUUUUUAGAUUAACGUUUUGCAAGAACAGCUAAAUAUGAGAGAAGGGGACGGAGGUGCCAUUGCAACGUUUAAUGCAACCAGAGAUUUCUCAAAAGUAAGUGUUUGUGUUUCCAAGAAGUUUAAUUUAUUUGUUUUUUUAGAUUGUUUCCGGAGAAUUGAAUGCAAUUGAACUCAAGUAUUCCAAGCAAUUGACCUCAUAUCUCAAAGAAUUCUUGCCUGACAACUUUAACAGGGCUGGAGGGGACCAUGAUUGUAUUCUUUUGACUGUUUUCUUCCCUCGGAUGGCUGAGAAGUCAGAGUUAUUAGUGUCUUUAUUACAUGAAAGAUACCCCGAUGUUACCAAUGUCACUCAGGAACACAUCACCUUGUCCCAUAAGGGAGAACAAUGGGCUCAUGUUCGUCGAUUCCAUUAUCAAUUAUUACGAGUAGUUGGAGUGAUGAGGAGAUUCGAGUCGUGAGUGCUGUGUGAUUCGUAUUUUUCAUGUGUUUAGAGUCACAAAAAUCUGCACAGUUGAAAGUCUGCAACGACUGGCUAUUCAGAGAUCUGAGAUUACCAGUCAAGAGAGGAUCAUUGACCAGUAUUUUGACCUGAUGAAACAAAAUUUGUUCGAUGAGAACACUUCUUGUGACACUUUGGAACACUGUGUGAACACCUUAAACAAGACCUUUAUCAUCAACCUCAGUGUCUCCGAAUUCGAUACUUGUGUGGCCCUCAGGGAUUACCUCAGGCAGUUCACUGCUGGAUUGGCCUGGGCCGAAUUCAAUUGUCUCCGAUUGAAAUUGUUCCUGUUACCCGAGCAUUCCGAAGGGAAUGAUUUCACAGAAUUCUUGGAUCAGUUGACUCAAACCAUCCAUGAGUCCUCCAGUAUUAUCAUCAAAGCCUCCAAACUGAUUCCCUCGGACAAAACACUCGAUUGGAAUCACGAUCUACAGGAUCUGGUAGCCAGUGGAGAGACUUUGCUCGAUAAAGUUGCCAAAAUCCUGCAUGAUUCUGCCGGAUUGGCUGGUUCUCAACUCACAACUAAUGGUAGGUAGACUAAAGAUUUCUAAAUGAGCACGUUAUAGCCAGUAGACAAGCCGAAGGUAGGUCGGAUGGAGAGCGUUGACGGAUUUAGUAGCUUUUUUAGUUGUCCUUUCCAUUAAGCAUGAGGUAAAAUGCAUAAUUUUGUUAAUAACUGCCGGUUUUUUGUGAUUACUGUUGCCGUUGCUUCCAUCUGACGCCUAGAUAUCAUUUUAGCGCUGAGUUGUGCAAGUUUAUAACUCUGUCGUUACGUAAUCUUUUUUGAUAAUUGAUGUUGUUCUUUAGAUGUGCAAGGAUUCUCGUUGAUUGAAAUGAAAGAAUUCAUCCAAAGUAAGGUGGAGAAGAGGAUGGAGGGCCAAAGAAAUAUCUCUGAGGCCCUGAACGAGAUCUCUUCUACGCUGGAUGCUUUUAAAUCAACUUUGAAUGAACUAACCUCCAAAUUGGACAAGAAAUUGUUCGAGAAACCCUUAGACGGAGUGAAAAAGUUCACUCCAUUGACUGAUCGGGCGAUGGGCAGGAAACAAGAUGUGGUGGAUGUGGAGAGUCUCAGAUGGCAGAUCACAAAGAAGGAAGAGGAAUACAAAAGAGUGGUCCAGAUGUACAAGAAUCUGGAGGAUAGUCUCUGCACACUCAAGGUAAAGGAACAUAACUGGAGUCUAAAGAGCUGAAUUUAGAUCCAAUUGGAACGGGAGAGGAGAAGGCAUCAGGAAAACGACAAGAAUGAGAAUAUUGUGAUCGGAGCUGACAAAUUACAAGAAGCGAUUCAAUCUGAGACACGGUAGGGGUUCUGUAAUCGACUUUAGAACCGUCUUUAGGGCUUAUCGAGAGAAAUUGGAUGAAUUGGAGAAGCAGUUGGAGGAGGUCGAGAAAGCUCGCGAUAAGUUGAAAAAGGAUUUGGAAAUGGAAAAAAAAGGAAAGUUCAGAUCGAUGUCAUUGGUCGAGGAUUCUGGAAAUCUGGCUUUGAAAUUGGAUGGAUCUGAUAUGGACCACAAUCAGACCAAGAAGUCCCUUCUCUGGACGCAGGACAAGGUCCGCAGACUUCAAGCUGAGCUCUCAUGCACCAUUUUGUCAUCAUUUAAACCUCUGAAAUGUCCGGAAAGGGUCUGUGGACCCAUCAGUUUGGUGGAGAAUGAUGAGAACAGCCUCAAAAACAAGAUCCAGUCCUUUUCGACAGAAGUUGACAUCUUAUCCAUGGCAAGAAUCAUGUUCAUCUCAUUCAUGCAUCUUUGUUUAUUAUAAUUUGAUGGUUUGAUUAUAGGAAUACAAGAAAUUGAUAUCAGUGGAGCCGAACGAACAAGGGACUUCUUACAAGAAGAGUGUAAUCGAAUAUAAUAAUAGAGUGAAUGAUGUGAGUACAUAAGUCACCAUUAUUAUCGGCUACCCUUCAUUUGGGGCAGAUUUCGUUUGGAGCAGAUCGGGUAUGAGUGGGAAUCACGGCUAAAUUUUUUAAUGGCUGUCCAAAAAAACUGGAUCGGCCAGCCAGAGGGUCAAAAUUGUUUUCUACCGUUUGUAAUACUUGUAUUGUCUGUAAAGGAAAAAAUUUUUUAUUAUGACUAUUUUUUACACCUAUUCCAAUCUUUUGGCUAACUUUUUCCGGGAUUUCAAAGCUAUUCUGAGACAUUGGCUAGCCGAUCCAGUUUUUUGUCUAGCCAUUUAAUAAUUUAGUUGUGAUUUCAACUCAUUCGCUGAAUGGUCAAAGCAUUUUGCAACAUUGGCUAUACAUAUUGGGCCCCGAUCUGCUUGCCCCAAAUGAAAUGUUGCGCUAUUAUCACUAAUAUAAUUUAAUUGAUAUGGCCUAUUUUUAGUUACGGUAUCGGAUCAGAUCUGUUUGGGAGAAGCAAAUGCCGCAAAUCCCCAUGCCGUCCAUCCUCAGCCAGAUCCAGAUUUCCAGUCCGGUCGUUAAGAAAAGUGCCUCAGGCAAUUCCGCCACCUUUGACGCCGUUUUGGCCGAAUGUAAAAAAGUAAACGAGGAACGAAAAGAGUGCUUAAGGGAGAUCUUAUCGGUAUUCGGUUAG